AGAUUUUGAUUUUCAUUAAUAAUAACUUUGUGGUUCAAUAUGUCAUCGUAGUUUGAAAUUCGAUUUUGCGUCAUAGUCGUUUUCCAAAGACAAACACACCUAGCGGACUCUCUUGGAAGGAAAACUAACCCGACAAAAUUCCCAUGUCUUUCUCUUUAUAGAUCCAUCUCUUUCUCUUUACAAACGAAACUAAAUUUAACUCUCAUACAUACUUCCAUAUUGAUCACGAAGUUGAAAACCUUACUAUAUUGGUAACAUCAAUUGAUGGGGAGAAACAGAAACUGUUGAAUUUUGGUGAUUCAGAUGGCGCUUUUUCCUAUUCGUCAUCGUCGUCUCCGUUUCACGAUUUUACCCUUCUGUUUGAUGUUGUUCUAUGCUUGUUUCUCGAUCGUUGAUUGUAGAAGGAGCGUUAAUUAUGUCUCGCAUCAACAACGACAACCUUCAAUCACGCCAAUCAAUCGUGAUCUUUAUCACACUAGUGCGACAUUAAUGGAAGAGAUAAAAAAACUGGUUCAUCGUCACCAAGAUAGAUUCCAUAUGGAGACAUUUACAGGUUCAAAUAAGGGCUACCAGGCUGAACUCAACGUAGUUACAUAUUCCCAGAACAUAAAUGAGAUUGAAGAAGACAAGUCAAAGUUCCGAAUCCUUCUUAGUUUUGGGCAGCAUGCACGAGAGCUUAUUACAUCUGAACUUGCACUCAAGAUCCUCUACAUCUUAAGUGAAGACCAAACUUUACCUAAAAGGAAUCCACUCUUGCUCAACAGAACCCUCCAGAAUACCAUUAUAAAGGUGGUGCCAAUUGAAAACUUGAAUGGACGCAAAAAGGUUGAAGCAGGAGAGCUUUGUGAACGCAGAAAUGGGAGAGGAGUUGAUCUCAACAGAAAUUGGAGUGUGGAUUGGGGAAAAAAAGAAAAGGAUUAUGAUCCUAAUGAAGAGAAUCCAGGGAGUGGUCCUUUUAGUGAGCCUGAAGCUCAAAUGAUGAGGAAGCUUUCAAGAUCAUUUAAACCACAUUUAUGGGUCAAUGUGCAUUCUGGAAUGGAGGCUCUGUUUAUGCCUUAUGAUCAUAAAAACACUACACCUCCUGGAGAGCAAUCUGAGAAAAUGAAGUUGAUGCUUGAAACAUUGAAUCACCUUCAUUGUGAAGAUCGUUGUGUGGUUGGAUCAGGGGGAGGAUCUGUUGGGUAUCUAGCACAUGGUACAACAACAGAUUACAUGUUUGAAGUUGCAAAUAUCCCCAUGGCUUUCACAUUCGAGAUAUAUGGAGAUGAAAAAGCAUCCUAUAAAGACUGCUUCAAAAUGUUCAACCCCGUUGACCAACCUACCUUCAAUAGAGUUGUGAACGAGUGGUCUGCUGCAUUUUUCAGUAUGUUUGAAAUGGGAGCACAUGAGAUGAAGAUGAAGUUUAUGGAAGAUAGGGCUCCUUUUAACGUGGAUAAUUUGAUCUCUAUUGAUGAUUAUUUAAAAGGCUAUUUAAUAGAAAGGAAAAACAGAUAUGCAGAAAAAACAGAGUUGCUUGAGAUUGGUUUGCAGGAGAUGAGAACAUAUUUCAGACUGUUCUUGCUAUCUUCAAUUUUGUUGAUGUUUAUGUUCUGUUCAAGGAUCCCAAAGAGUAGCACCAGUAGAUCCAAUAUGCCUCCCGUUACUCCAUGAAAUCAAUAAUACAACAAGAAAGGUGUGUAAUAAUAUGAUUUUUCAAGUCGCUUCAAAUAUGUGUAUCAAAAAAUGGUUGUUUUGUUGCAUGUUGAUGUUACAAUAUCAAGUUAUGUGCAAGUAUGCUACAAAUGUAACAAGCUUUUCUUAUCUGUA